GAUAGACAGACGGGCAGACAGAUAGACAGAUAGAUAGACAGACAUAUAGAUAGAUAGAUAGAUAGAUAGAUAGAUAAAUAGACAGACAGACAUAUAGAUAGAUAGAUGGAUAGACAGACAGACAGACAGACAGACAGAUAGAUAGACAGACAGACAGACAGAUAGAUAGACAGACAGACAGAUAGAUAGAUAGAUAGAUAGACAGGCAGACAUACAUACAGACAGACAGAUCAGAUCGAUAGACAGACAGACAGACAGACAGACAGAUAGAUAGAUAGAUAGAUAGAUAGAUAGAUAGAUAGAUAGAGGCAGUAAACGAAACAAACUAAAAUUCUAGUGAAAAUCGAGGACCUGGCAACAAAUUCGCCUUUUCGAACACCAACCCGUCUUUUUUCCUUAGCCACGCCCCCAGGCUGCUCUCAUUGGCCGCUGGGAGCUACAACUCUAUUACGUCACCUCGAAGACUAAUAAAAAAAAGCGCGCGCGCUCACCGCCUCACAUCCCGAGUGGACCGAAAAGAAGCGCGUGUUCUUGGUUUCCGGUCACAAACCCCGUUAACGCUGUUCUGACUCGGUGUUGUUCUGACUCGGUGUUGUUCUGACUCGGUGUUGUUCUGACUCGGUUCUCCGCUCACACCAUGUUUAUCAUUCACACAGCAGAAGCCCUCGAGACGUGCUGUAAAUCAAAACAUUAUAGAAAUUAAUUCUAGAAUAUAUUAUAGUUUAUUUAGUUUCACGAGUUGCAGGUUUGGACGCAGAAACAGCUGUGGGAACUGAAAACAUCUGGCUCUGGGUUGUGUUUUUUCCCCGGGUGAAUUUACUGAGAAAGUUGAAGGCAUGGUGAACAGCCAGGCGGUGGGCGGAGCCGGGUGCGCGUCACGUGCGUGCGCGGGCUGCGGAGGUCGGAUCUCCGACCGCUUCCUGCUCUUCUCCAUGGAGCGCUACUGGCACACACGCUGCCUGAAGUGCUCGUGCUGCCAGGCUCAGCUGGGCGACAUCGGCACCACGUGCUACAGUAAAGGAGGCAUGAUCCUGUGCAGGAGCGACUACAUCAGGUUGUUCGGGCACACAGGUGCAUGCAGUGCCUGCGGCCAGUCGAUCCCUCCCAGUGAGAUGGUGAUGAGGGCGCAGGGCAACGUCUACCACCUCAAGGUGAGCGCCGCGGCCCAUCUGCUGGCAUCUCGUCAGAAAAAAACCUUCGCCACAUUUAACCUCUUCUCUGUUCGGAGCGUGCGAGAACGCCGGAGCAAAGUGUUUCUCCUGUGCGACGUGCAGAAACCGUCUGGUCCCCGGCGACCGUUUCCACUACGUCAACGGCACCAUCUUCUGCGAGCACGACCGGCCCAGUGCCACCCUGCUCAGUGCGCAUCUGCAGGGGAACCCUGUGCUGCCUGACCAAAAAGUUUGCUGAAAGCCCGUCCUCCUCGUCUCUUCCUCGCUUCAUCCCCUCCAUCCCGCCGUGUCUCGGGGAUCUCCGGCCUCGGGAUCUUCUCCGGCUCUCCCGUGCAUGCCGUUCUCCUACGCUCUCAUCCUGAGAGGCCAUAAAGCACUUCCGUACUCCGCUCCGCUCCACGGCCCCUCCGCAGGAACCCGUCCUCCCUUCCUUUCCUUUCUGAACGGAGCUGCGGGAUUUUCCCCGUACGCAAGACUCUCUCCGGGCCCGGCUUGAUCUCUAACGGACUCUACGGGAUUUCCUAUAGACUUGGAAGACUUUAACCGUGGAACCUGAAGAUCCUGAAGCGUGGCUUUCUGCAGUACUGCACUGCCCGUGCUCUUAUUUUGAUUUCUUGGUGUUUUGCUUUUUCUGACAUGUGGUUUUUUUUUUUUUUUUUUUGUCUGAUUUUUAUUUUUAUUUUUUUACAUGGUUCAGGGUUGAGGUGUAAAUACUCCUCUCUUUUUUUUUUUUUCUUUCUUUCUUUUUAUUUUACUUUAAAUAUAUAUAUAUAUAAAUAUAAAUAAAACAGUGCCACGUGUUACGGUUCAAUCAUAUGGUCAAUAUGUGACACUUAUUUAAAACACAAUAUACAAUAAAUGCUUUAAAAAAAAAAAAAAAGAAGAAGAAGACUGAAUAUUUUUUUUUUUUGGUAAACAACACGGCUGAUGAUACGUAUUGUUUAUUGCUGUUUGUUCAUGUAGUGAUUAGCUUCACUCCCGUUGGUGCAAAACGCAUUACCCGAAGGAGCGAGUAAGCUCUGAACAUUACAGAAGCAAUUAAUUGUCAACGUGUGUGUGUGUGUGUGUGUAAGUGUGAGCGCGCUAUCUGCUCUUGCAUUUGCACAGGAGAGGCUGAACUUUGCUCUGAUCCUGUGUUCGAAUUUAAUAAAGCCUAAUCUGCCUCCUAGCUAAUUAAGAGGAACUCGCUGCUUUGGAUUCACUGCCUGAAAACAAUCACGCACAUUAACUGUUUACCGUGUCGCAAUCAAAGUACACACCACAUCUCUGAACUCCUCCUCCUCCUCCUCCUCCUCCUCCUCUUCUUCAUACACACACAUCGCACACUUGGCCCUCGACUAAGCCGGCCUUGUCGUUUUCGCUCGAUGGCUUUAAAGAAUAACUCGUGCGAUACCUAAAGGCGUAGAAGUGUGUUUAGCUCUGCCCACACGUACGUAAUUAAAGGCGGUUUUGAAGAUUUUUACGGCGGAUUUUCAUCUCGUCACGCUGUACCAGAUUAACGUAGGUUAAAACCUAUAAGAUGGCGCAUGUUCUCCACGUCAGAUCAUACAACGUAGAUCCUCUAAUGAUAACAAAUGAGUACAUUCUGCUAACACCAUCAAUCGGCCAUUUUGUUUCUUCGUAGCUACGGUAUUUGUAGCGGUCAUGUGAGUUUGGAGUCGUCCUACGCCGUCCCCCUAUUGGUGGGUUUUAGACGAGCGUCGUAGACGAGCGCUCGGAGAUUUUAAUCAACAAUUUCUCACGAUGACACGGUGUAAACCCAGCUUAAUUGUGUUUUACACUUUGUGUGUGUGUGUGUGUGUGUAAGCUGUUUUCAAACCUAUGUGUUAUCCAAGAAACGGAUCUCUGGUCCGUAUGAAAAGCACGUGGGUGGGAGAUGAAGGCUGUGAUCGGUCGAAUACGUCACAUUCUUUCGACGGAUAACGGUUCUUCUUGAAACCCUCUAAACUCUAUCCAUCUUUGUACAUAACCGAGCGGCUUCAAACUUUGGACCAGCGUCGAGCGAAAGUUACGGAAAGCGUGAACGCGUAUAAUAUAAAUAUAUUAGAUAUAGAUAUAAAUGAGUAAGAACGAUACGAAGUCCACAGUAAAACCGCUCCAGAAUCGGACCCCUAAAAUAAACUACGCACCCUUUAAUAAGUUUGCAAAUGAUCACAUUUUAUUAGCCCUAUUUGGAUGGAAUUAGUUGCUCUCUGUGACGGCUGUAAUGACGUUUUUACACGUAAUAAGACUCUAGAUGCCAGUUAAUUUAACGCAGGAUGACCCAGUUACCACAGGGUUGGCUCCGCCCCCCCAAUCUCUCCUCCCCCAAGAACCCAGAUGUUUAUCACACAUGGUCUUAUUGUGUUUUACAUGCAUCAGCUGUUUCGAUAUAUACAGAAUUUAUAUAUUCUAUCGCACGUGUACACGUGACGGAGUUGGUUACAGGCAUUCCGGUGCACGCUGCGUCCAUUUUAAACCCGCUGCGGCCGUUAGCGAGCGAUUCCUCGCUUCGUCAGCGAUCAUUUGACGUGGGUUUUAGAUUAGCGAUGCGCCGUUAGCCGCGCGUUAACGACCGGACGAUCUGACGUAUUUCUGACGUUCGUCUAAUCCUCUGUGAAAUAGAAAUACCGUCGACACCUUCUAACCCGCUACCGUUUGUCUCGUUUUGGCUCGGUUCUCACAGUACAGUAGAGUUAGCGUUCGAAACGGGAUGAUUAUUGCUGAAAAUUCCAAUGCGAAUCCAUUCAUUACAGUUAUCUUCGUAUCUGGAGGUAUAAAACCGCAAGCGCGGUUCGUACACCCACGGCGCCACGGCUCGCACACCGCGUUCAGACGAAGCGAGCCUCAUCUGCAUAUUACUAAUUAGCCAGGCAUAUUCAGAUGCCAAUUAGCAGGUCUGGAAGAAAAAGCCUCUUAGCCUGAUGAGCUUUAUCGCCGAUCAGGAUUUAUAAAAAAAAAAAAAAAAAACUUCGCAGGUGUACGGAUUUCUGUGCAGCUUCUGUCAUGGAAAGAAAGUGUUUAUGCUCACUAAUUAAUCAUAUUAACACAUGCAAAUGAGUCUAAUUGCUUGAGCUUCCGUGCGGCAUGCUGAGAAAGAGUGUGAUGGAGAAAGAGGCAGGAGUGUUUUAAAUAGCACCCUAACGAGACGCUUCUGAUGCUCUAUGCGUCUGUUUUGCGGUCGGUAUACAGUAGAGGUUACAGGCAGGUUUGCAAAUUUAUGCAAAUUUCUUACUGUGGGUACAUCCUUCAGGCCUGAUGACUAAGCACAUACACAACUUUUUUGUUUGUUUUUUUUAAGCAAAUGAGUUAUUACGUACAAGCACAGAGAUCAACGCUUCAGGCUAAAACGGCCGUCCUCGAAAGUGCCUGGCAGUUGCGGGAUUCGAUCUCGCGACCUUCCAGCUACCGUCACAAAAUCUUAAAGCACCGGAUUUACACCGCAAAAUGUAUUUAAAUCCCUAAAAACAGAAGGUAAAGGAAUAGUCCUGCUAGUUUAAUUGAGCUUCGGUUUACGGUAGCUCGAGCGUAUGUGUGUGAAAUUUCACCGCGUGUUCUCCGGUCCGAGAAAAGACCCGAAAACGCGCUCACUCCAAGCCGGAAGCCUUAGGGCAGAUUUUAAGGCGGUGACGUUUAUGCACAGCGUUCACGGAGAGCGCGUUCACGAACUCUUUAUAAAUGUGAAGCUAUUUUUUUUUUUGUUAAUUACGAACUUUUUCAGAACAAUUUGUGCUACUGCGUUUGGAUAUGAAGGGUGCGUGGACACCACUAACCGUAGGUACUGUAUGCAUGUAGGUACGCUCUUAAAAUGAAAGGUUCUUCGAUGGUUCUUUACAGCAAAGAACCUUCUCGUCAACAGCCAUUUUUCAUUGUACAGCGUUCUCGACUUGAGCUCUAUGGUUCGUUGGAGAUUCAAGAAGUUCUUCAUAAGUUUCCUUAUAGCUUCUUCAGAGCAGUGCGUUGGUUCUUCACGGUAUCGUCCCUUAACAGGUUAAAGCGAACCCUAUAAGGUUCUUUGUGGGUCUGGAUUUGUCAGAAGGUUCUCCUGGCAUCACUCUUAAGAACCUGACUUUGGUUCCUUAAAGCAAUAGCUUUUUUUUUUUCUUCUUUUUUUUUUUUUCAAAUAGAGAACUUAAGAUAAUCGGGUUUGUUGAGGCACUGCUUUGAAGAACCGUUUGUGGAUUCUUUAAAUAGAUGGUUCUCUAAAGAACGUGAGACUAAAAGGUUCCGUGCGCAACUUAAAUGGGUUCUCCUAUGGCAUCAGGCUGAAGGUUUAUUUUUAACAGGUGUAACUGGAACUACUUUUUUAGUGUUGGAAAGUUAGUCUUUGGUAAGACUUUAAAUAUA